UGUGGAGCGUAAAGAAUCAACUCUGCCGUGUGCUAAUUUAUUUUGGACAUUAACUAGUAAUUUUUCAAUUAACUUAACACAAAACUACCCCAAAAAGUGUCAACAAAAUGUCGUCGAAGCAAAACUCCAAGAAAUCCAAAUGGGCGUUGGACUUCAAUGCUACCAAAAAUGCAGAUAUGCCCUCGCCACCCGGUUACAAUCCCAUGGCGCUGGUGAAUCAAACAGAAGUAGUGCGCGAUCAGCGUUUGGUUAUUAAAAAAUCAUGGGACUUGGCCUUAGGACCGCUAAAACAGAUACCCAUGAAUCUAUUUAUUAUGUACAUGUCCGGCAACUCCAUAUCCAUUUUUCCCAUUAUGAUGGUGGGCAUGAUGUUGAUACGUCCGAUUAAGGCCAUGUUUACCACCCAAGUGACUUCAAAGAUGGCCGAAGGUGCUCAGGGCACAGGCCAGCGCAUUGUCUAUAUACUCGGCAAUUUGGCCAAUGUGGCUUUAGCUUUAUACAAAUGCCAUAGCAUGGGGCUAUUACCCACGCACGCCUCGGACUGGCUGGCCUUUGUGCAGCCGCAAACGCGAUUAGAAUAUUAUGGCGGUGGGGUCUCGUUCGUUUAGUUAAUA